AUGAGCAAUAUUCAGUCUGUCAUAAAUCCUAUGGAGGAUAGCUCUACCAGCAGAACAAAGCAAGAUGAAGCUUACAGCGAAAGAUCGAUGCAAACUACAUUGAAGCGUGCCAAUGAGAUAGUAACUCAAUUGGAGAGCAUGGACACUGUAGACCAUGGAUUUGUGAAGAAAGAUGUUCUUGAUAUACUCAGAACUUUGGCGGAUAGGCUGAAUGAAUCUACAAAGCAGGUGCAACAACUCAAGUAUAAGAAUCUAUUGUUGUCGAAUAAGACAUCUAAUGAAAAUCAGAUGAGACAUGAAGUAGAGGAAAACUUGAAAACACAGCAAUUUGAGAAACUCAAGAGUCAGUUGUAUGUUGAAAAUGUUCACCUGAAUGAGCAGCUCCAUAUUAAAGAGAACAAAGUUACAAAAUACAAGAAGAAAAUCAUUGCCAAGAACAAACACAUUAAUCAACUGAUGAGGUUACUGAAUCAAACACCCCAGCUAUUGGAUUCAUCCCAAUCAGAAAGUUCGAUGAUUUCAAAUGCAAGAGAAGAUACUGAAGAAGCUGAUACCACCAUACCAAUAACAGAUUCCGGGCGAAAGGCCAAACCAGUUAAAACUGAAACACAUAUGUUAAAUGCCUUAGGUAUGCUGGCCUCUCAUGUUCUAAAAGAUGAAAACAAGGCCGAUGAUACUUCCGGAAAUGGUGAUGAAACUAGAAUAGAGGAAGACGACUCUGUAAAUAGAACUAUUUUACAGAGUGAAGUCAAAUCCUCUAAUCAAGAAAUAAUGGAUAGAAGUCCGACAUUUGCUAGAAGUUUAGCACCGAUACUACCACUAAACAAAAAAGAGGAAUUGCAUAGUUUAAGAGUAGUUCUUCCAAAUAUUCCCAGACCAGAGAUGAAACUAGAUGUUAAACUUCCGGUAAUGAAAAGAUUUAAUACAUUAGAUGGUUCUGUGAAAGAUAUUUCAUAA